UUGAUUAUUAUUCAGAGAGAGACACAGAGAUAGAGAGAGCAACGGAUCGGAUCCUCCAGUCUCGUCCCCUCUUCCCUCUGCUUAACUGUGAGGUGACAGGUGAGCAAGUCAGUCAGUCAGCCUGUCUGUCUGUCUCCAGCAGCGGAUGUUCUUGCUCCGGCUUCUUCCCGCUGCAGCGAGGCUGGACGGAUAAGCGCUGACCAUGUCGCUGGAACCGGAGGGGAGCAACCGGCUCCUGAGAGACGUGCUGGCGAGACCGGGCAACGAGACGUGCGCGGACUGCGGCAAUCCAGAGCCGGACUGGGCGUCGCUGACAUUGGGUGUGUUUGUUUGCCAGGCCUGCUCGCUCCUUCACCGGAGCAUCCCCCACAUCAGCAGGGUCAAGUCUGUACAGGACACGUGGGACGCCAGCGAGGUCGAGUUGAUGGCUACUACAGGAAACAAUGCAGCCAAGGCCAAGUACGAGCAGACGGUUCCUGCUUUCUACUACAGACCAACACACUCUGACUGCAAGAUGCUGAGAGAGCAGUGGAUAAGAGCCAAAUACGAGAGGAAUGAGUUUGAGUUUAUCGAAAAACAGGAGCCUUACUCUGCAGGGUACAGAGACGGGUUUCUAUGGAAACGAGGACGAGACAACGGUCAGUUUCUCAGCCGAAAGUUCAUCCUGUCAGAGAGGGAGGGGGCGCUGAAGUACUUCAACAAGCAGGAUGUAAGUGAGGCCAGGGAUCCCAAAGCGCUGAUGAAAAUCGAGACCCUCAACGCCACCUUCCAACCGGCCAAGAUUGGCAACCCCUGCGGCCUCCAGAUCACCUACUUGAAAGACAACAGCACAAGGAACAUCUUUGUCUACCACAGUGAUGCUAAGGAGAUGGUCGACUGGUUCAACGCUAUCAGGGCGGCAAGGUUCCAUUACCUACAGGUUGCCUUUCCUGGAGCGAGUGACGAGGAGCUGGUGCCCAAACUGACCCGUAACUUCAUGAAGGAAGGAUUUAUGGAGAAAACAGGUCCAAAGCACACCGAGGGCUUCAAGAAGAGGUGGUUCACUAUGGACGACAGGAGGCUCAUGUACUUCAAAGACCCUCUGGACGCCUACGCCCGCGGCGAGGUCUUCAUCGGCAGUAAGGAGAACAGCUACACCGUCCUGUCCGGCUUACCCUCUUCCACCCAGGGCCACCAUUGGAACCACGGCAUCACCAUCGUCACGCCGGACCGGAAGUUCCUGUUCGCCUGCGAGACCGAAGCCGAGCAACGGGAUUGGAUAGCCGCCUUCCAGCGGGUCAUCAAUCGACCAAUGAGGCCGCAGGAAUACGCAGUGGAGGCCCAUUUCAAACACAAGCCUUGAAGACGGCGGGACGCCACGACUCAGCCGGACCGGCCCAGUCUCAUUCAGAUCAGAGACAACCCCAGUGUGUCAGCGGACGCCAUGGCUGGAGGGGGCGGGGGGUGGGGUGGGGUUCACUGGGACGGACAGGAGGAGGGAGGGGACGAGAGACAGAGACAGAGGGGCUCGAACCCAUCUGUGUGUGGAGAAGUUGAACUCUAACGGGGGCCGAGGGCCCAUGGAGGGGCUGAAACGUCGGGAACGUGGAGCCAAAGGGUCGACGAUGUCAUCACGAUUGCGCCUACCAAACUUUGUGCUAUACACCAUCACACCUACCUUUCAUCUGCCUUGUGGACCCCUUUCCCUGUAACCUAUUGUAAUUAUGUAAUCUAGAGUCAUUUCACUGGUCGCUUAACAAAGACAAUGCAUUGUUGAUUGAUUGAAUGUACAGUUUUGAUGACAGUGGCGUUAUGUGUGCGUGCGGGUGGAGUCGUGAUGUUUAUCGUUGAGGACGCUGUGAGGUUGAACCUCUGGCACUGAGACCCUGUUAAACCUGAAAUCUACAAAGUGCUGUUAACAACAAAUAUGCAUUAAACACACACACACAAACAAACUCCGAGUGAUCACCGUAGCUGUCGACGUAGCUGGAGGUGGCUGAUCUGCAUCCAAACGGGGUUCUUCAGCGACCUCAAUCUGACAGCUGUUCUCUCGUCGACAGUUAUCGCUACUUUAGAGGAUUGUAAUGUGUCAGGAUUGUAAUUUAUACAACACUUCAACUAUACAACUGUUUUUAUUUGCAUUGUGGAUCUUGUUUUAAAGACACAUUGUUGUGUUGACUCUGAUCACAGUGGGAGUUUGUUUCAUCAUGAACAUCUUAAAAUGAAUACAGAUGAAUCUGAAAUAAAGAGGCAUCUAGUGUUU